AUUACAAUUGUAACUUUUCAAAUUGUUUUAAACGCAAAUCCACCAAUGAGAGGAGACCUAUGUAUACGACGCGCUUGCUGCUUACGGGAGUGAUUCACUCGUGGUGGGUGCGAGCAUAUUGAUUUUUUUGUAUAACCGCCGUCUCGUAUCACACCUAACAACAAUAAUAAGUGGCAUCGUUUCAUUAUACGCAAAACUACGAAAGUAUGAUCACUUAAUAGAAUGGAUAAUUAAUAAUAUGAUAUUGCCAAUGUAUUUUGGCUUAUAAAAAUAUCGAUAAUGCAUCGACAGAUCGGCAGCUAAUAGCUAUUAAACCGUUGUGACGACUGCUGUCGGUUUGCACAUUUGGCAUCACGAGAAGAUGAACAAAUUGCAAUGCGUGUUGGCUAUUAAUAACUACGGGAAGAUUUUCACACUGUCUGCGUUCGAUGAUCAAUGGAAACCGUUUCCCCACGUCGGCAUGGACUUGAAGCACAUUUCCGCCAUCGAGAAUUAUAUGUGGUCCAUCGGAGGCGACAAUCAGACGUAUCUGUUGGUACACAAUUUGGACAAAGCGAUACGGAUCAAAGAAGAAGUGUAUGAAAACGAGCGAUGGAUGCCUGGUGGAAGUUUUUCAAAAAGACUUUUGCCCACCGACAGGUAUUGUUGGUCGUCAGAAAACGGUAAAGAAGAAAAAUUAAAAGAGAAUAUAAAGUUGCCCUCUUUCGUCUGGCAAUGGGAACAUGAAUGGAAGUUGGAAACUACGUUCGAAGAAAACGAUUUAGACGACGAUGGAUGGACAUAUGCAGUCGAUUUUUGUGCAAAGUUUUAUCCAAUCAAACGUUGGAAUUCAUGCGUUAGGAGGAGGAAAUGGUACAGGAAUCGAAUGUACACGGGCACAAAUUCUUGGUGUAUAAUUUCUCCUCUGCACAAAGAUUUUACUCAGGAACCAUUUAUUUGUGUGAGCAUUGGAGGGCAUAAGAUACCUGGAGCCGAACUUGGUGUCAUCAUGGUGUGGGCUGUGACAGCGCAAGGAAGGAUUUUCUACCGUAAAAAUGUAAACAAAACAUGGCCUGAAGGCUGUUUGUGGAUCUGUGUUCCGACAAAAGAGGGCAGUGAAUCUAGAUACAUUGAUUGUGGUCCGUCUGGUUCUGUUUGGGUAGUUUUAUGGAGUGGUCUCAUACUAGUCAGAAAAGAAGUCAGUGCUGAAACACCACAAGGUAAAAAAUGGAUUAUUGUUGAAUCUCCGGAAUCAGAUUCAAAAAUAACUCAAUUAUCAGUCGGGCUUCAAUCAGUGUGGGCAAUUACUAAUGAUUCUAGAGUAUGGUAUAGAAAAGGAAUUGAUCAAAAUCUCAAUGAAGGAAUUUGUUGGGUUAAAUUAAACACUUUUAUGUUUUCUGUCUCCGUAACCCCAAACGAUCAAGUAUUUUCAGUGGGCUUAGAUAGACAUUUAUACUUUAGGAGUGAGGUAUCUAAAAAUCAUCCUACUGGGAAAAAAUGGGUUCAUAUACAGGCAUCUAUUGAAAUCGAACAACCUAAAGUACAAGAGACAAAACUAGAAGGGAUAGAAUCAUGGAUAUCAUCAUCAUUUACAGAGCCUUCCCAUUCUGCUCCAACACGUCUAGUUGGAAAUGAUUCAAAAAAUAAUUUAAACUUGAAUGCUAAAGAAAUUAAACCUUCUCAACGCAGAGUGUCUGCUUGGAGUCCUAAACUUAGCAUUGGUUCAUUAAUUGGUAUGGAAGCUAAACCGGAUUCAUUUAUGGAAAUUCAAAGUAAUAUUUCAAUUCAAAAACCAAAAACAUUUUGGAGUUCUGUAGUGGGAGGUUCCAUUGAACCAGAUGUAUGUUUUAUAUCACAAUGGUUUAAUUCUCCAAAAGAUAGAGAAAAUAUUUUUAAAAGUAAAUGGAGACGAGAAAUAUUGGACAAAUUAAUUGAAUUAAGAUUAAAAGAAAAAGAAUUUCAACAAAUUACCUCUUUUGCUUUAUGAUCAUGUUCAAAUUCAAUUUUCCAUUCAUAAACAUUUUUUAAAUUAAAUAUUUAUGGAUAAAAUCAAUUUAGAUCUGUAAAAAAAUUGUUAUAUUAUUUCUAAUCUAUGAGCUAAUAUGUAUACUUGGAGGUUAGAAGUUGGGAAGUUGGAAAGAAUCCAAGACCUAAGAAAAAAUAAAGACCUUAUUCGCUUGUUAAGAUUUUGAAAUAAAGCCAAUGUUGAAUCCUGUAUGCAAAUACCAUCAUAAAAAUUGGUCUGAAUUAGUUGAAAAAUAAAUAUUUACUUUGUAUUUUUAAUUUAUGUUUUUUUUUUUUUAUAUAUAUAAUUUGUGUAACAUUUGUAUAAAUAAAAUAAUAAUACCAAUUAAA